GGCACUGGUUCGUGGAUGGGGUUGUUAGCGGCACAGUUCAUUGCCAGUCGCCCUGAAUCGGCAACUGGAGCAAGUGGUCUCUGGCUGCUGGAAGCGGUAUAUAGGCAAGUCAAAAGGGCCUGUGCCAAACGGGGCUCAAAAUUUAGGAGUGGAUACGUGUUUGUGGUCUCUCGACGUACCACUGGUUCUCUCAACGGAGGACGGAACAUGGCUAUCGUCCGGAGCGUAGUGACGCUUCUGUGUGUUUGCAGUGCCUUGCUAGUACUGCUCCAGGCGGAUGUCAGCGCUGCGCACGAUGCGGAGCAGAAGCAGCAAACUGUAGUAGUUGGCUCAACCCAAACAUACUACAUUCGAGGUGGCAUGAAUUUUCGAGCCGGGAACGGAGUUAAUGUGCUGCCUGAGGAAGAAUUCGUACGUCGAGAAUUAGCAACAGUUGAUAACUACGACGACAACGGCGGAGGCGUAGCGAACUGCAACACAGCGCAACCCCAGGGGUGUCCUUGACGAUGGUAGGAGCUGCCGAAGAUCGGCACCGCGACUCAGUCUGUGAUGCCUUUUGACUUGGAUGUACUCUCAUGGAGAAGCGAGUUUUUAUUGUCUUGUGUGUAAAAUGCAUUGGCAAGUGUAGUUCGACAAUGUCGAUUCUGUGAGAGGGUUGUCUCAAGAUGUACAAGAUCCUGCCGGAUCAUGUCUUACCACCCUGACUGAUGCGAAGUGACCUAUUGAUGGGGGCACUGGUGCUUGAUAUUUCAAUUUGUACAUAAAGUCACAUGUCCUUUUCACAGACAGGUUGUUUGAAUAAAGUAUUGUAUCUAGGCUUGCUUGGUCAUGAUUAUCGUCUCUAGAUUGUGUAGUAAAUUUUGGCUUAACGAUUGGAUGUGUCAAACAAUGUCCUGAAUGGUAUUACUUGAGACUUUUUCCAAGU